AGGGGGCGACUGUGGGUAAGUUAGUUUUAUUGUUAUGAACUCAUUGCAUGGCCUUCCGUCUCUUCACAUAACCUCAGUGCAGAAUCAGUGUCAUCAAUCAUUAAUUAGUUUUUAAAAAUAUUUGUGGACGCCUGAACAAUUUAAACGAUAACCAAGAUGUCGUCUUGGAAGAAAGCAGCUAAAUCUGUCCAGAAAACCCACCGGGAGCGGCAUCAACCCGAGUCCCGCCAGCACCUGGGUCUCCUGGAGAAGAAAAAGGACUACAAGCUCCGUGCGAACGACUACCAUGAGAAACAAUCAACCCUAAAGCUCCUGCGAAAGCGCGUUCUCAAUAAAAAUCCUGAUGAGUUUCACUUCCACAUGAUAAACUCAAAAAUCAAGAAUGGGGUGCAUAGAGAGAAGAACAAAUCCGAUAGACACACUCCAGAGCAGAUGAAACUCAUGGAGACCCAAGAUUUAAAGUAUAUAGCUUACAAACGUCAUCUGGAGAGUGUCAAGAUAAAUAAAAUGCAGAGCCAAUUGCACAUGCUGGAUGCUGUCAAUGAGACCAAGAAUAAACACAUAUUUUUCGUUGAUGAUGGGGAUGAGAUUAGGAAUUUUGAUCUUGCCAAAAGGCUCGACACCCAUCCUGAUCUGAUAGAUCGCAAGAUAAACAGACCGCGACUGUCGAAGCUCCAGGAGAUGAGGUUGCCUGAUAUCGAUGACAAAAUGCUUGCAAAACUUGAACAGCAGAAACACAUGGCGUACGUGGAACUGAGGAAGAGGGUCGAUCGAGAACGGGAGUUGAUGAUUGUUCAACAGAAGCUCGAAGCUCGCAGGGCCUUGAGGAGGAAGGGGAUGGAGAAACCUGAGGUUGUCAGGCAGGGCUCCAAAGAGGGUGCGCCUAUUUAUAAGUGGAAAUUUCAACGCAGUCGGUGAUUAUUUUUAUUUAAUAAAAUGAAUGGUGAAGAUUUUUGGGAGAA